AUGCAGUUUGCUGAAGUAGAAAACCAUGAUGAUUUUUAUUAUCAUGAAGAAGGUAGGAUACAUGUCAAAGAUCAAGUUGGUUAUUGGAUUGUAUAUGAUUGUGCAUUGAAUGAUUUCAAAGAACUGGAACAUGAUUUACUUUUAAUCGCAACAAAAUUUUUGCAAAACAAUAAACCAGUUCGUAUCUCUGUUGAUCACAAACAAAAAUCCGCAAUAAUCGAUAAUGAUAGGGAAGAUUUCGAUAUUGCUUUAUAUGCUCAUCGUGAGGUGGAUCGAUUCGGUAUAUUAUACGACAUUUGGUCAAAUGAAACUGCUUUUCAAGAAGUCAAGAAAAAUUUAAUGGAUAUUUAUUUAGAAGCAUAUAAUCAUAUAAUAUCAAGAGAUAGUCGGCGAAAAUUAUCACAAAUGAUGAUUGAUUUAAUGUAUAAAAGACCUAGACUAGAUUUCAAUGAAAAUUACUUUAUUACAGCUUAUAAAUAUGAAUGUGCUAUUUUAAGACAACGCAAAGAAAUAAUGAAAUCUAUUUUAAUUAAUCAAAUUUCGAACGAACGAGAAUAUUUGAAGAAACUCCAUACAGAUAAAGUAGAGUAUGGUUUACCACCACCGUUGAUAGAAAAAUGUCUAAUUGCUCCAAACACAGAUGAGCCAGUAUUAUGUCCAGUAUACUUAUUAGAAUUUCACCCGUCAUUGGCAUGUACACCAAGUUUAAUUGAAUCAAUAGACGAAAGUGUACGUACAACAAUUACUAUGUUAACACCUAAACGUCAAAUCCAAUGCGUUAUAUUGGAAAAACUAUUUUUUGAUUAUCUAAAAUAUGAAAUUGAUACAUGGAGACCAUUAGGAGCAUCUUAUACAGCACAAAUUCAAAAAGAUUUAUUUUCACCUUAUUUCAUUGAAGAUGUAGUACAAAUGUCAGAGUUAUGUAAUCAAUAUAUAUUAUCUGUGCAACAACGUAAUCCACGUGGUGAUAAGAAAACACGUCAACAUUUUCUAUUAAAUGAAUUAGGUCGUUUAUCAGAUUUGGUCACAUUGCGUCAUCGCCUACUUGAUUGUAUGUGGGAAUGUGAAAUUUUAUCCAAAUUAUAUUUAAGCAUUUCUAAUCGAAUGGGUUUUAAUGAUUUCCAUUUAUUUAUUCGACCAUUACAAUUUGAAUCAGCCAAAUACAAAGAAGGCGUUGAAGAAUCGAAACCACCGAUAUAUAUUACAUCUAUUCACGAUGAUGAUUCUUUAUUGGAUAAAUAUUUACCUUCUGCUUUGCCACUUGCUAUUCACGAAUUAGAUGAAACACAAGUUGGAAAAUUUUCAUUUCGUGGCAAAGCGACUAUUAUGGAGAUGCUUGAAACAAGGGGUAUAGAAAAUAUGCUAACUGUAUUGCAAGUACAAACUGUUCAUAAAAAUGGCUUGAUUGCUGCUAUUUUAUUAGCGUUCAAUGGAUGUCCUGCAUUUACACUUCGCAUGCACCUAAAUUCAAAAAUGGUCUUAUUCGUACUCGGCGCACGAAUCGGUCCAACACCAUUAGCUGUUGAGCGAUCAACUCACCAACUGAAUGCAGAAUACUAUCCAGAAGCAUUUUUCUCAAUUCAACUGGAAAAAGGACCAAGUCGAGAUAGAGUAUGCAAUGCAUUCAUCAAAAAGACACAAGGUGGUGGGAUCGCUGCAUCUAAAACUACUGCGGAAAGUGAAAAAAUAAAACGUGAAUUUAUUUCACAAUUUUGUCACGAUUACUGUGAACGUGUACAACAUGCAUCGCUUAGAGCACAAAUUAUUGAAACUUAUAAUUCAAUAUUAAUUACACUCGAAAAUGUACCAGUUAUACGGGAAGAAUUUUUUAUAAUCGGUUAUGCUUUUGAAAAGAAAUCACCUGAAGAAGAUUUGGGUAAACAAGAAACUGACUUCAAAUCACUGCGUAAUCGUCCUCGCCGUGUAUUAUCUUCAGAUGGAACUGAAUUUUAUAAUUUAUGGUUUAUACCACAUUUUAUUGAAGUUUUAUUUGUAUUUCGUCACUUGAAUGAUGAAGCUUGUACUAAAGCAUUGCGUUUAAUGGCCAGGAUAGCUCGUGCUUUACACGAUAUUUUACAUUAUUUAGUUGCAUAUGCUAGAUUAGGCAUUAGUUCCUCCAAGGCAACUGCUGAACAAAAACAUCAAAUGUCCGUAUCUUUUGAUAAAAAUCAAAUAAAAAAUGACAGAUCAACAACUGGAAAAACAGUAAAUUCUUUAAAACAAACAACUACAGAUGUCCCAUCAGCUGGUUCAAAUAAAAGUAUGUCAUUGGCAUUGUCAACACUAGCGGAUCCUACUACACCAUUGAAUUUCAACACACAAGAGCACAGUCUAGUUGUCGAUCAGUUAAUAGUGACAGAAUUAAGGGAAAUUCAGUACCAAAUAAAUCGCUUACCGAAUUCAGCAGAUCCAGAACAAAUCAUUCAACUUUUAACUCUUAGACGUGAGACAAUGUUUUUGAAAUUUGAUCUUUGCAUACGUAAUAUAUUAGGGGAAACAUUUUUGGCAGCUGGUAAUGAAGAUGCUUAUAACGAAUUGACGGUAAAUAGUCAUUUUCCAUUAUUUGAAUUAUCUAAUUCUCAACGUCCAUGUGUAAAUGCAAUCGAAUUGAGCAUACCAGAACCAUUGGAGUCUCAAGACGAUAAAGCUCAAGAAAUACUCCCAUGGCGUACAAUGAUAAAUUAUUACGGUCCUUAUUUACUGCUUAAUUCAAGUUGGAAACAAAUAGAAUAUAAUAUAAGUUUAUGUUUAGCUGGACUAAAACCAGUUGACUGUCCAACCGUACACGGCGAACUGUUGGCUAUGAACUUAACACUGGAUGAUAUCGUUGAAACUGGUGAUAUAGUAGACGCUUGUGCAGGUGACAGACUAGCGAUUCAAGAGACUGAUAAUAUGCACCUCAUACUUAGCAAACGUACUAAAGACAAGAAAUGUGAAGGAACACCUGAAGCUGAAGAACCAGUUGUUAAACAAACUACAAAUAUUCAGACGCAAGAUGUUGAUCGUAUUACAGUUAAAGAUUCAGAAAUGAACAAAUUGAGUAUAUUGAAUACACCAAUUGCAGCAUAUAAAUUAAUAAAAAAAUACUUAAUUUUACGGAAACGUAUCGAAUUAUUAAAAUAUGCAUGGGGAACACGUCGACUUGGUAUUGAACAGAUUAACACAUCAAAAACAUUUAAAAUGUUCUGUUCGGUUUAUAAAAAUGAACAACUAUAUUCUUUAAUACGAAGUUUAUCACUUCAAUUCAAUCAACCUGAUAUAUUUACGCUUGCUUCAUUGAAUGAUACUGACAUAUUUGUAAUACCUAAAAAUAUUCCGGAAAUAAUUGUUAGACAACGUCAAUUACUUAAACUAAUUGAAGCAUUUGAAUUGUUCAUGAUAUCAGAUUUACGAAAAUCAAUUGUAAGACAAACUGAUCUGGUAAUUAAAGAACGUAAUCGUGAAGAAGGCAAUUUACCAUUAGAUUUAUGGAAACGACCAGCAAUGAAAGAAACUUUAUCCGUGAAGAGGCCAGCAUUAGCUGAAGAAUUCCUCAAUCAGUUGAUUUCACAUUCGAUACAUAAUGAAGAAUCUGGUAUUUAUACAAUCACAAAAGAGAAUUUCAAUUUAAUAGUACAAAAUGUAGCUAUUUCAGUGAUGCAUAAUGAGAAGGAAACAUUUGAACAUUAUUCAAUGUAUUAUGAGAAUUUGUUAAAAAACCAACAUCAUUUAAUGUAUGCUAAUGAACGUGAAAUACAAGAUCUUAAAGAUAAAUUGCAUGAAAAAGAUCUGGAAACUAGUACAACAGUACAAUUUCAAAUGUCUGAACAAGUACAUGACUUGUUGUUAGAAGUUACAGCGUUGCGAACAAGAAUACUUGAAUUAGAAGAGAAACAUAAGGAAACGGAGGCUAAAGUACAAAAACGUGUUAGAAAGGAACUUAGUGAUUCCAUUCGUAAACUAUUUGGUCUUAGUUUCGAACAAAAAUCACGUAUUGACGAAUAUCGUAAUCAGUUAAAAGCAAUUACAUUACAACGUAUUGCUGAGAUAAAAGAAGAAGCUUCUACAGAAAUGUUACGCAUAAAAGAACGAACCGCCGUUGGUACUUCUGCAGAAGAUGAAUUAACUGAACGCAAUUACCAUUUGUCUAAGGAAAUUACCACUUUACACCAGCAUAAUAUUAGUCUUCAACAAAUGAUGAAUCGUUUAAAAGUUAUGGCACAAUGGCAACAAACCACAUUAAAGUGUACAUUUGAAAAACAGCUUGGUAUUGUUGAAAAUCAACGAAAUCAAAAUAAAACAAACGCUACAAGACUGAAUAUGUUAUCUGAACAACAAAUACGUUUGUUAAAUGAAGAAAUCACUAAUAUGCGAGAACAUUUAGCCAAUACACAAAAACAUUUGAAUGAUCUACGUAUUGCAUUAGAUAAAGAAAUGAAAGAUAAAAUUGAUAGGAAAAAUGCAGCUGAACGAAAAGCUUCCACUGACAAACAAAUGGCUACAGUAAAACAAAUGCAUAUUGAUCAGCUAAUAACAGAAAUAACAGAAAAAGAUACUGUACUUAAUGAGAUGAAUACAAUUUUAAGUGCAAGCGCAAAGACAAGAAAACAAGAAGCUGAUAAAUCAAUACGACAAGUUGAUUUAUUGCGUAAACAGUUAAAAGAAGAAAAACGUUUGAAACAAUCUGCUUUACAAAAAAUUGAUGAUAUAAUGUCACAAUUAUAUCAAUUUGAAUCAGUCCAAACAGCAUCUUCAGAAAUAAAACAAAAACCUUCAUCAGCUAAUCUGUUAGGUCGAACAGAUAAAGGACAGUCAACUGGGAUCCGAACAAAAGUUCAAGGUGAUCAGGUUCAGAAUACAAGACCAGUUACAGUUAGCAUUCCAUCAUUACGUGAACGUUUAGCUGAGAAAUUAUUAAAAAAUAUACCACCUGAUGCACAUAAACAAUUGGUUCAAUUUCAAAAAGAAAAAACUUUUAAUAACUAA